CCAAGAAUUCUGUUUCAGCGGAGCGUGGUGGCUGGUGGGUGAUGCUCGCGAAAGCAAAGCACCACCGCGAAAGCAAAGCACCACCACCCCACAACGAAAAAGAAUAUCCCCAAUCCCACACUUCUAUCCCCGCUCAAACCCUAGCUACCAAUCUCCGCAAUUCCUCCCUGGCUCAGGUUCCUCCGUAGCUGGAUGCCCUCAACCUAGGCGGCGGCUCUGUGGCGUGUGUGCGUGCGCGGCCGCCGAUGGAGCCGCGCGUGGGCAACAAGUACCGCCUCGGCCGCAAGCUCGGCAGCGGCUCGUUCGGGGAGAUCUACCUCGGUACUAACGUGCAGACCAACGAGGAGGUCGCGAUUAAGCUUGAAAAUGUGAAGACAAAGCAUCCUCAGUUGCUGUAUGAGUCAAAGUUGUACAGGGUACUGCAGGGCGGAACUGGGAUUUCAAAUGUCAAGUGGUUUGGUGUUGAGGGUGACUAUAAUGUUCUUGUUAUGGAUGUUUUGGGGCCAAGCCUUGAAGAUCUUUUCAGCUUUUGCAACAGAAAAUUGUCACUCAAAACUGUUCUGAUGCUUGCUGAUCAAAUGAUAAACCGAGUUGAAUUUAUACAUUCAAAGUCCUUCUUGCAUCGAGAUAUUAAGCCAGACAAUUUUCUCAUGGGCCUUGGAAAGAGAGCAAAUCAGGUAUAUAUGAUUGAUUUUGGACUAGCAAAGAAAUACAGGGACACUUCAACACAUCAACACAUUCCAUACCGGGAGAACAAAAAUUUGACUGGGACAGCUCGAUAUGCGAGUGUAAGCACCCAUCUUGGAAUUGAACAAAGCAGAAGGGAUGACAUGGAGUCUCUUGGAUAUGUACUCAUGUACUUCUUGAGAGGAAGUCUCCCAUGGCAGGGUUUAAAAGCCGGUACGAAGAAACAGAAGUAUGAGAAAAUCAGCGAACGGAAGAUUGCCACUUCAAUUGAGGUGAUUCUCGUGCAUUUUAAGUUCAAUCAUGACUUAACUAGUGUGUGUAUUAAUUGUUUUGUUCGAUUUCAGGCUUUGUGUCGGGGAUACCCUUCUGAAUUUCAGUCAUUCUUCCAUUACUGCCGCUCGCUACGUUUUGAAGACAGUCCAGACUAUCAAUACCUUAAGAGAUUGUUCAGAGAUCUUUUUAUUCGAGAGGGAUUCCAGUUUGAUUAUGUUUUUGACUGGACCAUUCUUAAGUACCAGCAGUCACAAAUGACCAGUGUUCCACCACGCGCUAUUGCCGCCGCUGCAGGACAAAGCUCGGGGAUGGCUCCCAUUGCAAGUAAUAAUAGACUGUCAGCCACUGAAGAAGGAAGAAUAAGUGGGUGGUCAGCUGAUCCUACACGAAGUCAGGUUCCACCUACAGGAAUAAAUGCAGGCAGCUUAUCGAAACAGAAGUCACCAGUCAGACCAGAUCUGUCCGCACCGAAGGAAGCUGUGUUGUCCAGUUCGACUUUUUUGGGUCGGUCAGGCGUGUUCUCAAGGCGACCUGCUGUUUCUAGUAGCCGAGAUUUGCCAAGCAGUGAAGCUGAACCAUCGCGUAGUCGUGCACCAGAUGUGAGUCCAGGGACAUUCCAGAGAAACUCAGCUCCACGGAGGGCCUCACACACGCUUGACUACUCUGACCCCAGGCACAAGUCUAUCAGCAACAACUACGAGUCCACUAUAAGGGGCAUCCAAGGCCUAAAUUUCGAUGCCAAUGAUAGGGGAGCGAGGCCAUACAAGGCCUAAAUUUCACUACCAGUAUCUUCUUAUGGAUCCUACAAAUCGUGUAUAGUAUAUGAUCUGCUGAAGUUAAAUUGGGGAGCGAGGCCAUACUUUCUGAACUACUUCACCAUGUGAUCCACAAGCUACAUGCUGCAGCGGUGAGGCAGCCUGCUUACCCAAAGAAAUGGGGGCUGGCUGGCGAAAUAAAGGUCGGCGACAGCCACAGCCCUAAAAUGGCACGCUGGGCCUAUGUUUUUGCCUCUGUACAGUUUUCCUUUUGUGCGUUGAGAUGCUGCUUUCGUACUUUUCACAUAAUAUUAUGUGGAUAUUUACCUAA